AUGGCAAGUGAGACGCUUUCUGUGUAUCAAAGAAAAGAAUCAUUGGAAUGUUAUUUCAUUGUCAAACCCACUAUUGGGUUAAAUGAGUCCAAGUACAAGUAUGUGGACAACCAAAACAAGUUGGGCAUCUACUGUGAUAGCAAUGUGUACCUAUGUGAUGAUUUCAAUGGUCCAACCUAUGGCUUCUCAUUCACAUCCUUUAAGGAUAUCAUUGACAAAACUUUUCCUGAAAACAAAUCUUUAGAUUUUCAUUAUCUAGAUGUGAUUGGUUUUGUUGCUGAUGUUAAAGACCUUAAGAAGUUUAAGACGACAAAGGGGAAAGACACCAAGAAAAUCAAUGUCAUUAUUCAAGAUCUAGAGAUGGAUUCAAUUUACUUGUCUUUGUGGGAUUCUUAUGCUGGUCGGAUUUUAGAGCAUUGGGAAAACAGAGAUCAACAUGGUGUUAUUGUUGUCAUUCUGCAGUUUGCUACAUUGAAGUACUUUGGACCAUUUGGAUAUGUCAAGUCUGUUGUUAUUGUUGGGACUGUUCAGAUGAUAGCUGAGUUGCCUUGGUAUUAUUUUGCUUGUAAAGCUUGUAACAAGAAGGUUACUAAGAAAACCGAGAAUGAUACACCUACUGUUGGUGUCUUGGUGGAUGAAGAAGAGGUUUAUGUGUGCAAAACGAAAACUUGCAAGAAUAGUGUGAUUGAAUAUGUGCAAAGGAUAAAAAUCCCAUUGACUGUUCAAGAUUCAAGUGGAACUGUGUCGUUGACAUUGUUUGAUAGAGAUGCUUGUAAAAUUCUGAAAACAACUACAUCAAACUUAAUUGAAAAACAUCUUGCUGGUGGUGAUAAGGGCCUUUAUCCCGACGAGUUUGAAGCUCUUUUGGGAAAAAAAAUUACGUUUAAGAUUGACAUCAAACAAUUCAACAUUGAUAACAACUUUUGGUUUUUUGGUGUUUCUAAAUUGACCGAUGAUGAGGAUAUCAUAUACGAGCUCGAAAAGAAAGCAAACAACAUUGAGGUCGACAAGUCUGCUUCUUUGACAAACAGGUUCACUGAUAUGGAUUCACAAGAAACCGUUCACUUGAAUGAUGAUAACCCGAUUGAUGUUACUAUGGGAAUCUGUGUUGGCACCCAUUCAAACGAGAAUCUCAAAUCAAAGGCUGUUACUGAGUCGAUGGAUGAUAAUGUCAUAACUCCUUUGCCAAAAAAUUUGGAUGGCGAUUGCAUGGAAAGUAAGCAUGUUGGUGAGGCUGUAAUCUUUAAGAGGAAAUCAAAGAAACCCGAUUUCAAGAAAAACUUGGUGGAGAAUUAUGAUUUUGAGGAAAAUGGAGAAUUGUCAACCACCAAACCAUCGUUUAAGAACUAUUUCAUCAGCUUGGAAUGA